AUGUCAAAAAAGGAGAAACCAUUGUUUUCGUUGAUUGCGGGCACCACAGCUGGCGCGAUAGAAGCAUUCGUGACCUAUCCCACCGAGUAUGUCAAAACGCGCUCGCAGUUCAGCGGCAAGAAAGAGGGUCCAUGGACUAUCAUCCGGUCGACGGUGCAACAGAAGGGGUUGACAGGUCUUUAUUCUGGGUGCAUGGCGUUGGUCAUUGGCAACUCCCUGAAGGCGGGUGUGAGAUUCGUGUCGUAUGACCACUUCAAACAUAUGCUAGCGGAUGCUGAGGGCAAAGUGAGCGCGCCAAGGAGUCUUGCAGCCGGACUUGGGGCCGGUAUGAUGGAGGCCAUUUUCGCUGUUACUCCAUCAGAGACGAUCAAGACGAAAAUCAUCGAUGAUGCGAAGAGCCCCAGCCCCAGAUUCCGGGGGCUCUUCCACGGCACGGUCACCAUCGUACGAGAAGAGGGUCUCAGCGGGAUUUAUAGAGGGCUUUUCCCUGUAAUGAUGCGCCAAGGCGCAAAUUCCGCUGUUCGAUUCACGACGUACACAACCCUCAAGCAAUUUGUCCUGAGUAACGCGCGACCGGGGCAGAGCCUCUCGAGCGGAAUGACGUUCGGCAUCGGCGCGGUCGCGGGACUGGUCACAGUGUACACCACGAUGCCACUCGAUGUCAUCAAAACACGGAUGCAAUCCCUCGAGGCGCGCCAGGCAUAUCGCAACUCGUUCCAUUGUGCAUACAGAAUCUUCACAGAAGAGGGUAUCACACGAUUCUGGACGGGAACGACGCCAAGGCUGACACGAUUGGUGUUGAGUGGAGGCAUUGUAUUCACAGUAUAUGAACAGAUCAUCUCGCUCCUUGGAGGACGAGCAAGUCAGUAA